UUCCCAGUGUAACAAGGAUAGGGAGCUGAGUCGUGCACUGUCUCACAGGCUUGUAACACGAGAGACAAAUAGGAAAGAGUAAGGGAGAGACAGAAAGGGGGAAGGAGUGUGAGAGAAUUUCUAAGCACUUCUGUUUGUGCACAGCCUGUGUAUGUGUGAGUAUGUGUGUGUGUGUGUGCGUAUGGGAGAAACAGGUCUGUAGAGCAGAGCAGGGGAAUCUAACCGAGCCAAGCACAUGCUGCAUCUGUACAGUGACCUCAGUGAAAACCCACGCGGGAAGGAACCAAUGACAACAUGCAGCUAUCCACUCUGAAAUAAACAUGAUCAGAAAUCCUUCACCUCAACUAGGGGAACUGCUCUGCUAAAUAACGCAUCGCACGUGGGAUAGAAACUGCCCAAGCCUGGGGUUCUCUCUCCCAUUCUCUUCAUCGUUUAUCUUGAUUUCUCAUUUUGAGAGGAAGCAAAAAGUAUUGGGAAACAAAACAAAAAGGACGGAUCAAUGUUACUUCUCUGACUUUGUGAGUGAUCCUGCCUGUAAGGGUGAGGGAACAGUAACGCCACUAUCAGGAAGGGGACCUGAGUGAGAAAAGCCUAGGAGCCAGCAGGAGGAGCAAAGAUAAGGUAGCUGGAGAUCAACAGAAGGUAAUUAAAGUAACCCUUCUUGGUCAAAAAAAGAAGAAAAAAAAAACCACCAGUAUUUUUGAAAAACCUCCAUGGACGACUCCCAGGACCUGAAUGAGCAACCAGUAAAGAAACCGUGCACAGAAUCAGAUGUUACAGAGCCUCAGAACACCAGGUCUAUGGAAAUGCAGGACUUAGCAAGUCCACACAAUCGUGUUAGUAGUGGAGAUACAUCUGGAGCCUCCAAACUGGAUAAGGCUAAUAUUAACAGCACCUCCAUUACAACAAAUGGGACAGGAGGGGAGAACAUGACUGUUCUAAAUACCGCUGACUGGCUGCUUAGCUGCGGCACACCCUCUGCUGCUACAAGUAUGGAUUCCUACAGUACAUUGCAUGUGUCUCUUCUUGCAGUCAAAACAGAGCCCAUGAACAACAGUGAAACAGCUACAACAACAGGAGAUGGAUCACUUGACACUUUCACUGGGUCAGUAAUAACAAGCAGUGGCUACAGUCCAAGAUCAGCACACCAGUACUCGCCUCAGCUAUAUCCUUCUAAACCCUAUCCACACAUUCUAUCAACUCCAGCAGCACAAACAAUGUCAGCCUAUGGUGGACAGAGUCAAUAUUCUGGAAUGCAGCAACCUACAGUUUACACAGCUUACUCUCAAACGGGACAGCCUUACAGUUUACCAACAUAUGAUUUAGGUGUAAUGUUGCCAGGGAUUAAGACAGAGAGUGGGCUGUCACAAACACAAUCUCCAUUGCAAAGUGCAUGCUUAAGCUACAGCCCCGGAUUUUCACCACCACAGCCAGGCCAAACUCCAUACUCUUACCAAAUGCCAGGUUCUAGUUUCCCCCCCUCGUCUAGCAUUUAUGCAAACAACUCCGUCUCAAAUUCAACCAACUUUACAAAUGCUCAACAGGAUUAUCCUUCUUAUACAGCUUUUGGCCAAAACCAAUAUCCACAGUAUUACUCAGCAUCAACUUAUGGAACGUAUAUGACCCAAAAUAACACCGUGGAUGGUACGUCAUCCUCAUCAUCAACGUAUCAGUUGCAGGAUUCUCUUUCAGGCCUAACUACCCAACCAGGUACAGAUCUUCAAACAGGGGAGUUUGAUGCGGUCCAGAGUCCCUCAACACCCAUCAAAGACCUUGAUGACAGAACUUGUAGGACUGCUGGGUCAAAAUCGCGAGGCAGGGGACGAAAAAAUAAUCCAUCACCUCCACCUGACAGUGAUCUGGAGCGAGUGUUUAUAUGGGACUUGGAUGAAACAAUCAUCAUCUUUCAUUCGCUACUAACUGGAACGUUUGCACAAAAGUAUGGCAAGGAUUCACCAACAGCUGUGACUCUUGGACUGCGAAUGGAAGAAAUGAUUUUCAACCUCGCCGAUGCACACUUAUUUUUUAAUGAUUUGGAGGAGUGUGAUCAGGUCCAUGUAGAUGAUGUCUCUUCAGAUGAUAAUGGGCAAGAUCUAAGUUCUUACAGUUUCGCAACUGAUGGAUUCCGGGCAGCUGCAAGUAGCACUACUCUCUGUUUACCAACUGGUGUCCGGGGAGGUGUUGACUGGAUGAGGAAGCUGGCAUUCCGUUAUAGACGAGUAAAAGAGCUGUACAAUACUUACAAGAACAAUGUAGGAGGACUUUUUGGCCCAGCUAAGAGAGAAGCCUGGCUUCAAUUGCGAGCAGACCUUGAAGUUUUGACAGACUCCUGGCUUUCAAAUGCACUUAAAUCACUAUCACUCAUUAGCACAAGGAGUAAUAGUGUGAAUGUCUUGGUAACAACAACACAGCUCAUCCCAGCACUUUCAAAGGUCUUGCUUUAUAGUUUAGGAGGUGUAUUUCCUAUUGAGAAUAUAUACAGUGCUACUAAAGUAGGCAAAGGAAGCUGUUUUCAGCGUAUAGUUUCAAGAUUUGGCUCUCAUGUAACUUAUGUUGUGAUUGGAGAUGCCCAAGAUGAGGAGCAUACUGCUAAGCAGAAUAACAUGCCUUUUUGGAGGAUAUCAAGUCAUUCAGAUCUUUUGGCUCUACAUCAAGCACUGGAACUAGAAUAUUUGUAACAAAUUGCAACGUGGACAGGCUUUUUUAUAUGUAUAUAAAUAUAUAUUUUAAGUACACACUGAAUUUUUAAUGUGUGAUCAAAUGCCUCCGGCUUUUUACACACAGGGAUUGUCUUAAGUAAAUGAAGAAAUAUUUGGAACAAAUAAAUGGAAAUAACAAAGAAUUCAGACUGCUACAAGCGAGCAAAGAUUUAAAGCUUAAGUGCUGCACAUGGAUACUUUGUGGUCUUACAAUGGAGGCAGUAUAAAGCAUCUGGUUAAUGGAAGACCAGUGGCUUCUGAACCAGGGUAAACCUAGGUAAUCAGUAAGAGCAUAUGUACAGGACUUUGACAAAGAUUGGCAUGUGCUUUCUGAAUGAAGAGGUGGUGUUCAACAUUCCUCAACAUGGGAUCUCAUUCUCAGCACUGAGGUGUGAAUCAGACAAAAACCUACCUAGCCCGGAAAAUCUGAAUUUAGAACGCACUCCAACUAUAAGAUGACAAUCAAGUCUAGACCUGUAAUUUUGUGUAAAUUAUUGAUGAUAAAAUAAUAAUAAUUAACUGUGACUUUAUUAGCAGCUGAUUUUAAAAGUGGAUGUAACGUUUCUUUUUUUUCUGGGGGGGGGGGAAUAGGGUGGUGAGGUCUGAAAAGAUUAUUAUGCUGUCUCUUUUAUAAGUUUGGCACUCAGAAUGUGCAUAAUGAUGUGUUGUGCCUUAAAAACGAGACAGUGUUUUUGUGUGUUAUAAUGUAAUUUUGGUUGAAACAAAUUACAUGCAAUCUUCAGUUAUGACCAAAUUAAAAUCAAAAAUAGGAAAAACUGAGCCCUUAACAGUUAUAAUUUGUAAAAUAACAAAAUAGAUUUUUUUUUUGUUUGAAUAACUAUUAUUUAAAGGCUUAGAAAAGCACAUCUAAAAAUGUUAACUUCAGGUAUCAGUAGUUUCAUGCUAGUAGAUACAUUCUCUGCUGAACCUCAGUGGCUGCAACCAUGAUGGUAAUCUUUGUGGGUCUGGAGAAGCACUGGGGGGAUCUCUGGGGGGAUCUCUCUCAAAUCCUCUGAACAGCUCUGCUAUAAACCAGUUUGUCACCACAAUUAAUGUUUUAGGCAGUUACUCUCUGGUGUAUAUUUAAGAUCAAGAACCAUAUCCAUAACAAUGUAUACAAUAGAAUAUAAAUGUAAUCAAGGAAUUGUUCAUCCAACUUAUAUCCCAUGGAGGAAAAAGCACAUACGAAAAAAAGGUAAAAAUGGCUGCAAUGUUGAAGAUUUAAUUCAGCCAUAUUAUCUUACAUGGAAUGUACAUAACUAACAGGAACAGAACACCAGCCACCUAAAAGCAAUAACACAGAUUCAAAUGUUCCUGUACCAACAGCAUAUUCAUGGGCCUAUUUAUCAAUUUUCAAAUAUCUGCAUUUGAGUUUACAACCUCGAAAAAUUUGAGUUUGCAAAUAUGGCUUGACUUUGCAUAGGAUAACUCCCGUUGACCUAUAUAGAAACUCAUAAGUUUUUAGAUGGCAAAUUUUUACAUUCAAGUUUUCCGUUUUUUUUGCACUUAAUAAAUACCAGACAUAAUUAGAAUUCAAGUUUUUUUAGCACAAAAAAACCUUGAAUUGUGAAAAAAAAAAUCAAACUCAAAUGUUAAUAAAGCUCUUAAUAUGCAUUAUUGUAGGCUAAACCUCAUGGCAAUUUUCUGCACCUGAAAUUCUUGCCAUUUAUGUUAAAUGCACCUCUAACUCAUAUAUAGUAAGUGCGCUGAGAGAUAAUUGGCUACAUCCAAUGCUCAGUGUGUUACCAGUAUGUGGCUUGUUUCUUUUCCUACCUCUAUUAAUACAUUAACAUGCUAAAAACAAAACAAUUUACGCAUCAGCAGUGCACAACAUGGGUUGUAGGCUUUUUAAAAAAGAGAACUGUCAAUAUUUUCAGUAUUUUCUAAUGUGGCCAGCUCUUCAUUUAAGCAAUUGAUUGGAGAUUUCAUCAUUUAUAAAGUCAUUUUCUGUUUUGCGCACAAAUGGUAAAUCAAAAGCUUCUUUUGUUGGCAAUCAACUUGUCUUAUAAUAUUCAGGCUGAUAAAUUAUUUUUCUUUUCAUUUCUAUGAAGUCAUCUUAAUGAUUGCAUUCAUUUGGUUGGUCAUUUUCACCCCAUAGGGUCCUACACAAGAUGUAAGGGACUAAUCAUUAAAAGGAAACUAUUAAAAAAAUUACAAUAAAAAAAAAAAAACCUUGGUAUACUGUGGA